AUGUCGUCGCUGACUUACGAGAAUUACUACCAGCAGGCUCUCGAGGACCUCGCCUUCAUCUGGAAAGAGGACGUGAAUCUCACCAAAGUGCGCGUCGCGGCGAGCGGACGGCCACGGUACGAGCAACUGCUGCAGUACUGGUCAUCGCUCUACAUUCAGUACCUGCGCACGGCGAAGCGACUUGCUGCCGUGCACGACGCCCAGCUGCAGCCACAGAAGCGCUACGAUGUUCGCACGCUGCUUGACACCUGUCUGGGCCGGAUGUUGGAAGUACGAAACCUUCUCAAAAUGAACUGUGGAGAGUUUGUCAAGCUGGAUGAUGCCGCGCUGGACAUGAAAAUGAUCCCGGAAGAUCUCGAGGUGCCCAUCCCGCGCUACUUUGUCGAGGAUACCGCGUCGGAACUGCAGGAACGGCGACGGCAGAUUGCAGCGCUGCAGACAUAUUUCAAGGAAACCGAGGCGGAUGCGCCCGUGUCGAAAGCUCUUGCGAAGGAUCCAUCGAAGGUUCCUGACGUCCCCGCCGGUGCCAGCGCGGAGUCCAAAAUUAUGAGCGUGGAUGACGCAGUGACACUUUUGCAGAUCAAUGAGCGUGGGCGGCAGGCACGGCAGCGUGCAAAGUUUCAAAUGGCAAUCUACUGGCAGCAGAAACAUGCCUUGGAACACACAGUUGAAUAUGGCCACGUCACUGGGAAAGAACGGGCGGCGUUGGUGGUGCAGAAGGCGGUUCAGGCCUAUCUUGCCCGGAAGCAUCUAUUGAAGGAUCACAGGAAUGAGCUGGAGCUACUUGGCAUGCGCCCCACCGCGGCAAUUAUUAGUGAUGCGGAACGCGCCGCCGCUGAAGUCCGACUUGGGGAACGCAAAUCCCGUCAACGCAUGAAUGAGGCGAGUUAUCGACAGAAGGAGAUUGAGUUGGAGACGCGUCUGAAAGCCGAGGAGGGUCCACGAACCAUGGAAGAGAUGUUGAAUGAAGUUCUCACCCGUAUGGCCUAUGCACGGAUGGAGAGCAAAGACGACGCCCCACCCACGUUUCCAACACCAGAGGAAGGUGGGAGUCGCAAGUAUUUGGAAACGUAUGGCAGCACCGUCGGGACUGCCGCGGGAACCGGUCUUGCUGCUGCGGGCGGUGGUGGCGGUGGUGGUGGUGGUGGUACAACCUUUUGGGGGGUUUCUUCUCCCGUGUCUGGGAGGAGUGCGCCCGAUGGUGCGAAUGCGCUUAGCCACAGGGAAUCCGUAGCCGUACGGUCAUCAUUGGGCGCUACGCUGCUCCCGCAAACACCCUUGCGAACGAAGGGCGGCACGGCACGACGCAAAGCGGAGGAAGAGGAAAGCCUUCCGGCGAUGCCGCCGAGUGUUUUGUGGGAGAGUAUGAAGGCGGCAGAUGACCGUUACCAAAAUUUUUGGAGGGGACGUUUUGAGCAGACAUAUCUCAAGAAUUCGGAUCUUGAUCAAGCAGCCGAUGAGGGACUUCUCCGCCAAGAACUAUUAGAGGGGCCGCGUGGUAUAUUAGAGCAUGUGCGACAUGUGGUGGACGAACUUAUUAUGAUGGAGGUGGAGAACUUAAAGAAGCGUCUGGAGAUGGAGCGACGUGGUGGGAAAAAAAAGAAGGGUGGAAAGAAGAAGGGACCAAAAAAGCCGCGGGCACCAAAACUAAAGGAUCCGACGAAAGGGACAGACAUUGAGACAUUUAUGAACAGUGCAGUGUAUCAAAAUGUGCUUCAGUUAUCGGAUCCAAAUAUUCGACUGGAAAAUUAUUUGGGCUAUGCGACGAUCCAUGGAUCGCCGCUGGAUGCGCUGUUGCGUACGCAGAAACCCGAUGAAGAGAUUAAAAAGAAAUGGCAGCGUAUUCUAAACAACUGGGACGCCAAGGUUGAACAGGCAAUGAAGAUGAAGAAGGAUGUCUUUCAGAACCUCUUUGAUAAUUACCUCAAACAAUCCUCGUGGCUGAGUGAACCCUCUGCAGCGCAGGUGCGCCAGUGUAUAGCCGAGUACGCCAUUCUACCGCUUGGCUCACAAGUUAUUCAUGAUUUAGCACCACACACAAAAACCCUUCUUAUCUACGGCUUUCCUGGCAGUGGCAAAACACAGUUGGUGCAUGCCGUGUGCAACCAUAGUGGAGCCAACCUCUUUAACCUAUCCCCAGAAAUUUUUGAGACGAAUACAGGGCUUGUGGGCAUCAUCCAGAUGGUGUUUCACCUUGCCAAGGUGUUGGCCCCGUCCGUCAUUUACAUUGACAAGGUCGAAAAAUUGUUUUUACGCAAGAAGAGGAAGAAGGGCCCGAAGGAUCCACUCAUGGCACGGGGGAAGAAAAUGAAAAAAGAGGUCCUUAAAGGCAUUGCUGCUCUUUCAACCACCGAUCGUGUACUGGUCAUUGGCUCCUCAUCGGCGCCAUGGGAUGCGGAAUUCAACGCGAUGGUGAACAACUUUCCGCACAUGAUUCACUGCGCCAAUCCGGACUACGCCUCUCGUCUCAUUAUGCUGCAGAAGUUGAUUGCGCAAAGAAUGACAGAUACCAGUGCAUUAAAACAAGAAGAUUACCACGAAUUGGCCCUUCUCACUGAUGGGCUCACUUCUGGGGACGUUCACCACAUUGUGGAGGAGGUAGUGCACGCUCGGCGCCUACGACGUCUUGCACAGAGACCACUUACGGCAUUGGACUUUUUACCCGCAAUUACGCACGUCAAACCACCGAGUGAAGAAGAUCGGGCUCUAAUGAAGGAGUUUUCUUUGCGUUUACCGCUUCAUCUACGCCGCAUCAACCCGCCGGUGGACUUGCCGGCGCCCGAAAAGAAGGAAGGCGGAGCCAGUAAGAAAAAAAAGAAGAAGGAGGUGGUUGGGUGA